UUUGUUUCACCACUUAUAGCUGAAUGUACUAGUCUUGUAAAAAGAUCAGAUUUAACCUUUAUAUUUUAAGGGGCAGCACAGGGUUAUGCAUCGGAAUUGGAUUGCUUGGCUUAACGCUACAGGAACUUAAACUGAACAUGAAAGAUGGUACAGGAACAUUUGUUGCAAGGAUCCUUGGUGUUGGAAGUAAACAAAUUCUUAAGAACGCACUAUUUUGGUCAAUAUGUGCUAUAUAUUUCUUUUACCAAUGGGGCAUUGAAACGCCUCAAGGUCAAAUCACCUCAAUGUCUGAACACUUGGGGAUAGACAAAAACUUAGGAAAGAAUCUCGUGUACGCAUUAAGUCCGACCUUCGGACAACUAUUGGGAAUAUUUUUAGCAUGGAUAUUCAAGAAAGUUUACUAUGAGGAAGAGAGCCGAUUGCAUAUGCGAACGUUGAAGGCAGACCGUAUGAAAAUAGUGUUUGGUAUUUUAUUUGUGGCAGCAAUUAGUAUGUCUAUUGGUUGCUUUAUAGCGCCUAAAGCAGUUAACUUUUGGUACUUCUUACCAUUUAGUAUCCUGUUUGCUGCUUUGUAUGCAUUUUGCGAAGGUUUACGAGAUGAUGCUGUCCCGGAAGAGUUUGGAAGGGAAAAUGUGCGAAUUGUUGAAGGACUUAUCCUGAUGUUUGUUGGUCUUGGUGGUGUUAUUACAAAUGUAAUUGGAGGUGAUAUUGAAGAUGACGAUGAUGAUAAUUGGAAGAAACUAUUCUAUUAUGGUGGUGGUAUGUUACUUCUGUCAUCAUCUGUCACAUUGACUGUUCUUGUAUUGAUACAAAACAAAACUUUACCGUCCAAAUUUCAAGCCAACGCCGUUCUCGCAUUGAACCAAACCAAUGAAGGAUUUAUUAGUAAAAGGAACAGAAAGACCACUGUCGUAAACACAACGUUACAACAGCAGCCGGGAGCAUCGACAAACAGCAAUGGCGGUUUUCAAAAUAAUGACACCAGAUCUGAAACGGUCGCUUACCAAGUUGGCGGCAAUGAAUUUCAGCAGCCAAAUACAAUCAUUCAAAAUCAGACGGGUAGUUUCCAAUACCCUCAACAACAACAGGCUAUGCCUGUUCUUUAUAUGCACGGCAGCAUACAACCUGCACCAGAACAAGCAGUAGUUAUAGGUAAUCCACACAUGAAUACCCAACCUUAUCAGCAAGCGUCAGUAAUUCUGCCAAAUCAAACUGGAAGCUUUAUGCCGUAUCAAAGUCAAUACAGACCGCAGUGAUGUCCCAUAAAAUCAAUCAGAAAGCGUUGUUACCAUACAAGACCUUCAAUAAUUUGGUUAACAUUUCAAAAAUAUGUAUGCAAGAAUGGCGAUUAUGCAAACUUGUCACAAACCUAUAAUAGGAAUUCGCUUCUUUAUACAGCCAAGAUACUUACAAUAUACACGUAGCCAUCAGUCUUUGUUUACUCGAUUGCCUAAUAUGAUUUUGAAUAAGGCGCAUGAUUUACUGUGGAAUGACACGAUUGAUUUUGAAGUCGACAAUAAAAAUACAUAAAAAUAUUCACAUACAUCAGCUUACACUGAAGGACCUAUUUUAAAUUUCUUUUUAUUUACAUUUUUUCUUCAAACGGAAAGACAAUGUUUUCUUAUCUCCGUAUACAAAAAAUGCACUGUGCAACUGUCUGUAUUUAACCGAGAUUUGAUAUGGUGGAACGCGUUAACACGUUUUCUCCACCUAAAGGGGAGGUGUUUGCAUAAAAUUUUGAACAAAACAAAUAUUAAGUGUAAGAGUUGCAUUGUAAUAAACACCUGAAUCUAUCAGCUGUUUACUUUUAGGAACUAAAAAAAAGUUUGUUUUGAAGAAUUUUUUAGUAUGUACCUUUUAAAGUUUUUGUUUUUGUUUUGUUUCUUUUCUUUUCUCUUUUGUUUCUUUUCUUUUCUCUCUUUUUUUGUUGUUGUUGUUUUUUUCCAAUAUUUUCAGAUGAUUUAUAUAGUGCUUUGCGGACAUAUGUCUGGCUUCAAAAGUUAGAUAUAGUAAAGCGAGGUCACCCGUGUGCUUUUUAUUUUGGUUUUAUUUGGUAAUGAGUCUGAUGCCUUUAUGUCUUAUAUACUACGUUCAUGCUCAUAUUUGAUAUUGAAUUGUUAGUGAUUUCUUUACAGUAACGUACGUUUACGUCAUUAUUAUAUAAUGAUGAU